CCAGGAUGCGUUUUCUAUCCUAUGGAUAUCGGUUCGGAGAGGGCAGAUGAGGCGGAUCUGAGGCUGCUCGUGUGCUGCAUAGGGUCCAUGCCUGCCCUCCCUCAGGACUGCUGGAGUGUUUUGGGGAUUGUCCUGGUGUUGUGGGCCAUGGGCUGCAUUCAGAGCAUUAGCUGCAAAUCCAAAGGCAUUCGGGAGAGCAUCUCCGUCGUAGAGGUCAAAGCCUCCAUCGAUCCCGUCCCCACCAACAUCGACGAGUCGUCCAGCGUGGUGUUGAGAUACCGGACGCCGCACUUCCGGGCCUCAGCUCAGGUGCUGAUGCCGCCCAUCCUCAAGAAGGAGACCUGGAUCGUGGGCUGGAUCCAGGCGUGUAGCCACAUGGAGUUCUACAAUUAUUACGGGGAUCAUGGGAUGUCCAGCUGGGAAUUGCCGGAUCUCCUGGAAGGCAAGAUCCAAGCGAUUAGCGACUCGGAUGGUGUCAACUACCCGUGGUACGGAAACACCACGGAAACCUGCACCAUCAUCGGCCCCACGAAGAAGGAAGCCAAGUUCAGCGUCAGCAUGAACGACAACUUCUACCCCAGCGUCACGUGGGCGGUGCCGGUGAGCGAGAGCAACGUGGCCAAGCUCACCCACAUUCACCGGGACCAGAGCUUCACCACGUGGCUGGUGGCGACCAACACCACCACCAGCGAGAUGGUGACCCUGCAGACAAUCAAGUGGCGCAUGAGGCUGGGCAUCGACGUGACCCCCAGCAAGCCCCUGGGGCAGCGUGCCAAGCUGCGCGAGCCCUCGGCUCAGGAGCAGCCGCAAAUUCUCACCAAGAACGAGCCAAUACCGACGAGUGCCCUUGUGAAGCCCAAUGCCAACGAUGCCCAGGUACUUAUGUGGAGGCCCACCGAUGGGCCACCUCUAGUGGUGAUACCUCCCAAGUAUCGAUAA